AUGGUCUCCGCCGUUCUGCCUGUCCCUCCCCCCGACGACUCGCGCAGGCCCAGCGUCUUCUCUUCUGCCACCACCUCCUACUUGACCGCGCCCCCGCCGUCUACCUCUCGCUCGUCUUCUACCCACACUUUGGGCCCCCAGGCCUCUCGCGAUCCGGAUCCGAUGAAUCCUCUGCACGCUCUCGCGCUGGCGUCGACGCAGGAGGUGCACAUCGUCAAGCUCACGAACGACUCCGUCUCCCUCGAGCCAGCACCAGUCGCGGACAACAUGCUGCACAAAGUCGGUUCUUCUUCCCACCAGGCUUCGGGCAGCACCGAUUCGACGGUCGGACCUCCUCCGCCUUCUCCUCCCUCAAGCGUGGAGGACGUCGACGACAUCAUGCCCCCAGUGGUCGCAGCGACCAAGUCGGAGCCCAUGUCCCGUCUUACGUUCGAGGAUCCCGCGCGCGAGCCUCGCCAGUCCACGAGCGCCCGUAAUUCCCCGAACAUCCCCUUCGCUCGUCCACAGACACGGUCCUCGACCGACACCAAGGGCCCUCUGACCAUCACUGCACCGCAGGGCACGCCCUUCCCCUCCUCACCGCCCUCCCCGACCUACGCACACACAUCGGCCGACGGGUUCCUCCAAGCUCCGCCAUUGACGCCGUUGUCGCACAAGCGGCGAAACACGACUGGCUCGAGCUCACUAUCGUCCGUGAGCACAGCCCUCCCGACACGGACGAAGACCGUGCACACACCAAAUCCAGCACACGCAUACUCGUACUCGCAUUCGUACUCCCAGUCGCAUGUGUACGAUGGCGAGGAUGUCGCAGCCACGGAGGGCCUCGAGUCAGAGAUGCAGCAGCAGGCAGAGCAGAUCCGGCGAGAGCGUCAGUCGAAGCGGCAGGCGGAGAAGGCGAAAGCACAACCGCAGGCCGAGGGGAUGCUCACGCGGACGAUGUCCAUCGUCCGUGGGCCUUCAAGCCGGGGUGACGACGCACCGCUGGUCGGGAACCUGAUCGGCGAGGAGCAUGUGAACUAUGUGCUCAUGUACAACAUGCUGACGGGCAUCCGGACGUCCGUAUCGCGGUAUCAGGCCAAGAUACGACGUCCACUCUUGCGAGACGAUUAUACUGCUGCGAAUAAGUAUUCGUUUGACAUUGUCGGAAACGAGUUGACGCCAUCAGCGAAGUACGACUUCAAAUUCAAAGACUACGCGCCAUGGGUGUUCCGGGAACUCCGGGAAGACUACUUCUUCCUCGAUCCCGCAGAUUACCUUGUCAGCCUAACCUCAAGGUACAUACUCUCCGAGUUGGGCUCCCCGGGGAAGUCUGGAUCGUUCUUCUACUUCUCUCGGGAUUACCGAUUCAUUAUUAAGACGAUCCACCACAACGAGCACAAGUUCCUUCGGGGAAUCCUCCCCCUCUACCACGAACACGUCAGGACGAACCCGCAUACACUGCUCAGCCGGUUCUACGGUCUGCACCGCGUGAAGCUCCCGCGCGGGCGCAAGAUCCACUUCGUCGUCAUGAACAACCUCUUCCCGCCCCACCGGGAUAUUCACGAGACGUACGACCUGAAGGGUUCAACGGUCGGACGAGAGUACCCGGAGGAAAGGACGCGCGAGAACCCCCGUGCGACGCUCAAGGAUCUCAAUUGGAUACACCGCGACAAGACGCUCGAGCUGGGCCCUGAGAAGCGUGCGCUGCUGACGGAGCAGCUCCGGAGGGAUUCCGAGUUCCUCAAGCAGCUCGGCGUCAUGGACUACAGUCUCCUCGUAGGCGUUCACAACAUGCGCCGCGGUAACCGGGACAACGUCCGGAGCAACACGCUGAAGGUCUUCUCGCCCGACAUGCCCGCCGUCCGGCGGAAACCUACCCAAGUGAAGGGCCCCAGGUCCCCCGACGCCAUCGCGAUGCGUCGCGCCAUGCGCGAGUCGGACCCCAAGCGCCUCGGCACCGCGACGCUGCGCCUCCCCGAGGAGGACACCACCGGCGAGCGCCAGCACUUCCUGUUCUACCAGGACGAGGGCGGCCUGCGCGCGACCGACGAGCAGAACGAGAACAUGGACCUGAUCUACUACCUCGGCGUCAUCGACAUCCUCACCCCUUACAACACCAAGAAGAAGGUGGAGCACUUCUGGAAGGGCUUGUCGGCGGACAGGCACAAGAUCUCGCCCGUCCCUCCUCAGGAGUACGGUGAUCGCUUCUUCUCGUUCAUGAAGGCUGUCAUGCGCGGUGGCGAGGGUGGCGGCAAGUUCCUCUCAAAGUCCGAGAAGGUUGAAUAA